GCACACUCGCUGUUUCCUUAUUUCACUUCUCCAAAACUUCAAAAAUUUGCUGUCACUCGAUUCAAGAAAUGGGCUUAUCUCAUCUGAUCCAGAGAUCAAUCACCAAGAAACUAUUCUCUUCAAAACCCUCAAAUAUACUACCUUCUUCUUGGUUUCUAACUGAUACUACUGGUAAGUCUUUCUACCAUAGUGGUGUUUCUAAUGGCGCCAAGAUCAAUUCUUUUGAUGAUACUGACAGUUUGAAGAUCUCAAAGAGCUCAUACCAUGUUAGCUCUGGUGGGUUUAUGCGUGGAGUUGUUUUCUGGGAGCCCAAUAAGCCUGUUACCAUUGAAGAGUUUCAAAUGCCUCGUCCUAAAGCUGGAGAAGUACUUAUUAAGACUAAAGCUUGUGGGGUUUGUCACUCUGAUCUUCAUGUCAUUAAGGGUGAAAUUCCAUUUGCUAGUCCUUGUGCUAUUGGUCAUGAGAUCACUGGAGAAGUUGUGGAACAUGGGGAGCUGACAGAUAGAAAAACUAUUGAAAGAUUUCCAGUUGGCUCUCGUGUUGUUGGAGCUUUUAUCAUGCCUUGUGGUAACUGUUUCUACUGUUCUAAGGGCCAUGAUGAUUUAUGUGAGGAUUUUUUUGCUUAUAAUCGAUCAAAAGGAACUCUUUAUGAUGGUGAAACCCGACUAUUCCUCCGUAAUAGUGGAAAGCCGGUUUUCAUGUACAGCAUGGGAGGCCUUGCUGAAUACUGUGUUGUUCCAGCACAUGGAUUAACUAUAUUACCAAAUUCAUUGCCAUACACCGAGUCUGCAAUUUUAGGAUGUGCAGUAUUUACUGCUUAUGGUGCUAUGGCUCAUGCUGCUCAAGUGCGUCCUGGGGAUUCUGUUGCUGUGAUUGGAGUUGGUGGUGUAGGGUCAAGUUGUUUGCAGAUAGCAAGGGCAUUUGGUGCCUCUGAUAUUAUUGCUGUGGAUGUUCAGGAUGAAAAACUUCAGAAAGCUAAAACAUUUGGUGCCACUGCCACUAUAAAUUCAAAGAUAGAAGAUCCUAUUGAAAGGAUAAAGGAAAUAACUGGAGGAAGAGGUGUGGACAUUGCUGUGGAAGCCUUGGGCAAACCACUGACAUUUUCACAGUGCACACAGAGUGUAAGAGAUGGAGGGAAAGCUGUGAUGAUUGGACUUGCACAGGCUGGUGCUAUAGGGGAGAUAGAUAUCAAUCGUUUGGUCCGUCGAAAGGUACAAGUAAUUGGCUCUUAUGGAGGAAGGGCAAGGCAGGAUCUUCCUAAGUUGGUCAAACUUGCAGAAUCAGGUAUAUUCAAUCUUACUGAUGCUGUUACGAGAAAAUAUGGUUUUGAGGAGGCUGGCAAAGCAUUCCAGGAUCUCAACCAGGGAAAAAUUGUCAGUAGAGCUGUUGUUGAGAUAAUGUAGUUGUUUUAUUUCACCAGUGCGCCAGCUGCACACCUAGAAUAGAGGCUUCUCUAUGUUGAGAAGAAUCUGUCUAGCAUAGUAUAUCAUAGUUCUCGACACUUUUUGUCACUGGAAUGCUGUAUUGCUUGAUCUCGUGCUAAAAUCCUCUCUCGGCCACUUGUUCAAUAAAAUCCAUAUUCUGCUCA